CCAGGCAAGGAAACCUUGAUUUAACCCUGCAGUACCUUCCCCCUUUGCCUGUACGUUUCUCUAGCAGUCCUCGCUCUACUAGAGGGACUGGGCUUCACAUCCAGUGAAGGGAUCAAAAAUGCUUAAAAACUGAUCGAGAGAGAUAGCUUCUUUGUAGAAUUUCUACAUUCUAAGAGGAGAAAGCUUCAGAAUGCUUUGAAACGAAGAAUUGAUUUUCCAACCAAAUUAAGUUGGCAUUUUUGUAGGGAAAAGGUGCGACACUGGUAAAUAUUUACUGCAGGAUUCUUAGCCAGGAGGAACUCUGGCAUGUUCUUCAAGGAGUAAAUGUUUUACAUGCAAGGCGAGAGCUGCGUGUGCCUCUGUGUUCUUUCCCAGAGACUUCUGCAGAUAAGUCUUAAGAUGACUGGCUGAGACAAAAUGCCCCAGUGAUUCCCGAGCCCCAGCCAGAUUGUUGGUACCAUGUCGACAACACAGAGGAAAGACGGCAGCCAGUUCUCUGGUGCGUGCCCGGGUCAGCUGAAGGUGCAGGAGGACCAGCAACAGCAAGACAAAUAUGUCAUUGCUCAACCAAUAUUUGUUUUUGAAAAAGAAGAAUAUCCUUUUAAGAGACCUGCAGAAGACAGCCUGGAUGAAACAGCAGAACAUGGAUUCCGUGGUUUCUCCAGAAAGCGUGUGCGGUCUUCCUCUGUCACGCUUCAUACCACAGAUUCUCAGUCUCAAGGAGUGCCAGCCUCGUCUCAGACACGCCUGAGGUCCUCUUCAUUCACUGAUGUCCCAACCUUUCCUCCCUCUGGGCCAGUGAAGAAAAAGAAUGUUUUUAUGACAUCACAUCUGCUGCAAGGGAAUUAUGGCAUGAACAAUGCAGAGCAAGGUUCCCCUAUGAGACUUUCAGAACAAGUUUUGAGACCUGCUGUUCUGAAACCACCUCAAGCUCAAAGCUGCGAAAAAGUAGGCCCAGCAUUUUGGCCCAGCACAUCAAAAUCUUGCAUAAUUAAGGAAAAUACCAAGCAUGAGAUUUCUGAAGCAAAGGCUAGUACACUAAGUGAAAAUUUACCAAACGCCAGAGGUUCAGUCCGGCUGUCUACUGAUCUGCACGUCUCACAGGCAACAUCAGGAUGCCGACCAAUGGAAGAUAAGUGUUCUUUUAAAAGCUGCAGUUCUGACUUUGUUUUUGGAGAAAACAUGGUAGAAAGAGUUAUGGGCACUCAAAAGCUCACCCAGCCUCCACUUCAAAAUCUUUCAUAUGCCAAGGAAAAAACAUUCAGAUCUGUUCUGAAACUUCCUAACACUGCUUCAAAUUCAAACUCUAUUAAAAACAUAUCCCUAAUUGAAUCAGCAGCUGCUUUUUCUUCCAAGCCAUCACAACAAUGCUUGCUUGAGAAAAUUGAUGUCAUAACAGGAGAAGAAACAGAACAUAAUGUGUUGAAGAUCAACUGCAAGAUCUUCGUACUCAAUAAAACAACACACUCCUGGACUGAAAGAGGCAGGGGGAGUCUGAGACUGAAUGACACAGCAAGCAGUGACUGCGGGACACUACAGUCAAGACUAAUCAUGCGAAACCAAGGCAAUUUGAGGCUGGUCCUCAACAGCAGGCUCUGGGCUCAGAUGAGGAUUCAAAGAGCAAAUCGAAAAAAUUUGAGAAUAACUGCAACAGAUUUAGAAGCUGACGGUAUAAAAGUAUUUUUAAUUCAGGCUGGUGCCAAAGACAUAGGUUAUCUAUAUGCAGCAAUACAUCACCGCCUUAUUGCCCUUCGAAGUCUCAGCAAGCAAGGUGAUGGUGGUCCAGCUGAAAGCCAGUCGGAUGCAGUCCUCCAGCAGUUCAGCUGUGAGAGCUGUGAUGAAGAUGAGGACGAGUUCCUACAAGUCACUAAAAAUGGAUCAGACCCUUCAAGGUGGAGCCACAGACAGUCAGUUGUCUGCUCAUAAGCACUCUCUACAGCAGACAGGACUGCUAGAGGAAGCCCAAAGGCCUGACCACCCACUGAGAAGACUCUACUCAGACCUCGACGAGGUUUUGUUUUUAUUUUUAAAUUAAAGAAACACAAUUUCUUGUAAUUAAAAGUUUUAUGUUUAACAUUUUGAUUGUCGUGUGCAAAAUUUAAGAAAUGAACUUCAGAAGAUAAAAAAAAUCAUAAUUUUGUGGAUUAAUCUAGAAUAGGAUUUGAUAACUAAUUUGGACUACUCAUCACAUUGAUGAAUAUAGUAAUUAAAAGUAAGACUGUUGGAUUUCAUAAAUAUCUAAACAAAGUAUUUAUUUUAAUCAUAUGUUGUCUGGCUAUAGAACAAAUAUUUUACUAAAUUUAUAGUUGUAUCUUUAAAAUACUAUAACUGUGAGGCAUUUUAUUAAAUUGUGUUUAUCUUCUGAGAAAUGUAUAUUUCACUUACACUUUGAAUUUUCUAAUACAUAUUUUCAAGUAAGAAUUCUUUUACAAAAGUGCCCAUUUGUGGACUUGUAUCCAUUGCAUCUUAUGUAUUUGAUUCAGUCAGCCCACAAGAGAUGUUGAAUAAUUGAACAAAAUGUAAUAUAGUACCUAUGUGUCAAAAAUAUCCAAAAGCCAAAUAUUAGUGUGCUUUAUUUAUGUGAUUGUCAUUAGCAGUCUGCUAGGUGUGGCAUGCAGAAGCCCUUUUAUAACAAAUGUAUCAUAUAUAGCCAAAUGAGUAUCUCAAAUCCCAUCAGUAUGGUAUAGUAACUUGAACAAUUUUUAGCAGAUGUUUUUAUGCUUUUUUUGGUAUUACUUUAUGAAUCACAUAUGAAAAUCAGUCUCAGUUCUUAGGGCCAUAUUUUAUUUUAUUAGUAGCUGCAAACAAUCUUAUUACAGGAAAGAUUCAAGAUCCUAAAUAGCUUUUGAACGUGUUCUGAACCCUGAUAUACUUGUAAUAAAGUUGCAACAUUACAAACUGCUAUAGUGAAGGAAAUAUUCUUUGGAAGUACACGUGAAUAUAUAUUUUAAAAGUAAACAUUGCUUCAUUGCCUUCCUAACGACAAAAGUAUCUGCACGUACAUAUUAUUCACCAAACGUCAGCUCAAAUCUUAAAGUUUAGCAGACAACAGCUGAAUGAGGUCUUUUGGAGUAGGAUUUAAGUAAUGUGUUCAAAAGGAGAAAAGGUAUAAAGAGAAAAGCACUUACCAUCAGGGGAAGGAGUAAACACUAUCCCCCACCCUUGUUUAUAAAGGUGCAGAAUACAAACCAGUGGAGAAUUUUUACUAGAAACCUAUUACAAUCAGGAAGGCAUUUGAAGAAGAUACAAAGUAUUGGUUCACCUGUAAGAUUCCAUAUGAUGACUUGUAAAGUGAAGCAGGGAGCAGAGAAAUCUUUAUCUCUUGGCAUGUUUCUUCUUAUUCCUAUACUGGAAUGGAAAUGAAGUAACUUUUUUUUUUGUUUUUGUUUUUUUUGCCUGCCUCAACUACUUUAAUGUAAGUCAAAGCUACUGAUUUUCUUUGGUCUUCUGUACAGAUGGCAAAGAAGAAACAGACCUGUAGCCUAUGCAGAAAUGCCACAAGAUCCCCAGUAAUUUAGAAUGUCAGCAAGGCAGACAGACAGUGAAAACUUCUGGAUCAUGAAACAGUGACAAAGAGCAGAAACAAGAUAUAUAGUGCAACAUUCCUCCAUCUUGAUUAAAAGAAACAUUUUCUAAUUUUUCUUUAUCUUGUAUGUUCAUCUAGCACCCUCCCCUCCUUUUUGGGUUUUCUACAUCCUUUGUCUCCUUUCAAUGUGAAGUAAUCAAUAAUACAA